AUGGAACGGAACGUCCUGGUGGGACAUUAUAAUGCCAUGGAGGGGGGAGCUCAGCAGAGCAGCCUCCGGGAGCCCCCCGGGCCGGGCGGGACGGAGCAGGAGGGGGUCCCCGGCGAGUGGGACGGGGGCGAGGGGCCGCCCGAGGUCAAGCGCUCCCAGCCCCUCUUCAUCCACGGCAACAGCCGGACCCUGCCCCAGGAGGAGCCGCGUGCAUCGUCACUGCCCAGCAUUCCCAACCCCUUCCCGGAGCUCUGCAGCCCCUCCAACUCGCCCAUCCUCAGCAGCCCCGCCCUGGGCCAGGGACCCCCCCGCGAGGGCACCUCCCACGUGGUGAAGGUGUUCGGCGAGGACGGCGCGUGCCGGUCCCUGGAGGUCUCGGCGGGCACCACGGCCCGGCAGCUCUGCGAGACCCUGGUGCGCCGCACACGGGCGAUCCACGACCACAGCUGGGCCCUGGUGGAGCUGCACCCUCACCUGGCCCUGGAGCGGUGCCUGGAGGACCACGAGGCGGUGGUGGAGGUGCAGAACUCCUGGGCCGCCGGCGCCGAGAGCCGCUUCGUGUUCCGCAAGAACUUCGCCAAGUACGAGCUCUUCAAGAGCAGCGUGCAGUCGCUGUUCCCCGAGGUGAUGGUGUCCAGCUGCCUGGAGGCCAACAAGAGCAUGGCACACUCCGAGCUCAUCCAGAACUUCCUCAACUCCGGGAGCUGCCCCGAGGUGCAGGGGUUCCUGCAGCUGCGGGAGCCCGGCCGCAAGGUCUGGAAGCGCUUCCACUUCUCCCUGCGCCGCUCGGGGCUCUACUACUCCACCAAGGGCACCUCCAAGGACCCCCGGCACCUCCAGUACUUCGCUGACCUCACCGAGUCCAACAUCUACUACGUGACCCAGGGCAAGAAGCUCUACGGGACCCCCACUGAGUUCGGCUUCUGCAUCAAGCCCCACAAGGUGCGGGGUGGCGUGAAGGGCCUGAAGCUGAGCAGGGUCCCGGGGUGGGGGGGCGAGGGGGGCAGCCACCACCGCGUCCCCCACGUCCCCACAAGGCCAGUUGAAUGA